GCUAUUCACGAGCUGCAUUAGCAAUCAUUCCUACUCCAGUUGAGCUUAAUUCAGAUAGAUUCAAAAAGUUCUGGGCACAAGCUGUGAAAGACCUGGCCAAUUUCGGUAUCACAAAGCAUGAGCACACGUGGUCCAUUAAGGUAAACCGUUUUGCGUGUUAUCUGUACGAUGCGGUGUACCUGUACGCACGUGCGCUGCAUGAGUUGAUCGAGGAGACGACGGAAAGGCAGAUGCAUGGCUACGAUCCGACAAGAGACGGAGCAGCCAUCAUUAAGAAAGUGUUGAAUCGCAAGUAUUCGAGUAUGCAAGGCUUUGACAUGCGAAUCAACGAACACGGUGAUGCCAAAGGAAAUUACACGCUGUUGUCGUGGCAAGUAGUGAGUGAAUGA